CAGACCCCGCGGCCGGCCUCCCAGCGGCGCGGGGCGGGCGGGUGCAGCGGCUUGGGCUCGGCCUCGGUCCCUGGCCCGGGUCGCAGCAGCUCGAGCUCUCCCGGGCGGGGAUGCGCGGCGGCGGCGGCCGCGACCCGCAGGUAACAGAGCGCCGCUGGGUCCGGAGCUGGCGCGCGGCCGGGGCGCGGCGACAGUAGCGGGUCUCGUUCUCCCCACGAUGGGCAGGGACGCGCCGCGCUGCCCUGAGGAGCCCGAGCGCCGGUGAAGGCGGAGUCGCCGGCCGCCCUCCGCUGCCAUGGCCGGCCCCGGCGCGUGGAAGCGCCUCAAAUCCCUGCUGAGGAAAGACGACGCGCCGCUGUUCUUAAAUGACACCAGCGCCUUCGACUUCUCGGACGAGGUGAGCGACGAGGGGCUUUCGCGCUUUAAUAAACUUCGAGUCGUGGUGGCCGACGACGACUCGGAAGCCCCGGAAAGGCCUGUGAACGGGGCGCACCCGGCGCUCCAGGCCGACGAUGACUCCUUAUUGGACCAGGACUUACCUUUGACCAACAGUCAGCUGAGUUUGAAGAUGGACCCCUGUGACAACUGCAACAGACGGCGCGAGUUGCUGAAGCAGAGGAAGGUGAAGACCCGGCUGACCAUCGCGGCCGUCCUCUACUUGCUUUUCAUGGUCGGAGAGCUUGUAGGUGGAUACAUGGCAAACAGCUUAGCAAUUAUGACGGAUGCACUUCAUAUGCUAACUGACCUUAGUGCCAUCAUUCUCACCCUGCUUGCUUUGUGGCUGUCCUCAAAGUCACCAACCAGAAGAUUUACCUUUGGAUUUCAUCGUCUAGAGGUUUUGUCGGCCAUGAUCAGUGUAAUGCUGGUGUAUGUACUUAUGGGAUUCCUUCUAUAUGAGGCUGUGCAGAGGACGAUCCAUAUGAACUAUGAAAUAAAUGGUGAUGUCAUGCUCAUCACUGCAGCUGUUGGAGUUGCAGUUAAUGUCAUAAUGGGGUUUCUGUUGAACCAGUCCGGUCACCAGCACUCUCACGCUCAUUCCCACUCCCUGCCUUCAAAUUCCCCAAGCAUGGCAUCUAGUGGACACAACCCUGGGCAGGACAGCUUGGCAGUGAGAGCUGCGUUCGUACACGCCCUGGGGGAUUUGGUACAAAGUGUUGGCGUGCUUAUAGCUGCAUACAUCAUACGAUUCAAGCCAGAAUACAAGAUUGCUGAUCCCAUCUGUACUUAUAUAUUUUCAUUACUUGUGGCUUUCACAACGUUUCGCAUCAUAUGGGACACAGUAGUGAUAAUACUGGAAGGUGUACCAAGCCAUUUGAAUGUAGAUUACAUCAAAGAGUCAUUGAUGAAAAUAGAAGAUGUGUAUUCUGUGGAAGAUUUGAAUAUCUGGUCUCUCACUUCUGGAAAAUCCACUGCCAUAGUUCACAUGCAGCUAAUUCCUGGAAGUUCAUCUAAAUGGGAAGAAGUACAGUCCAAAGCUAAGCAUUUAUUACUGAACACGUUUGGCAUGUACAAAUGCACUAUUCAGCUCCAGAGUUACAGACAAGAAGUGAUCAGAACUUGUGCAAAUUGUCAGAGUUCCAGUACCUGAGUGUAUGUCCUUGGGGUCAUCGGCCUUGUUUAUCCUGCAGUACAGACUUGAGAGCAAUAAAUGCGAACCUGAUGGAGCCCCUGACAGCUGGGUCCGUGUCAAGCACCAGUCUCCCCAAGACAGGCUCCGCUCUGACUGAUCUGUGCAUGAUUUUCAGAUUAAGAAGUCCCAAAGUACUGUUUACAGAGUGAGCUGUAACUCUGCAGAUACCUCAUUAGAAGACAAUCCAAGACCAUACUUCAUAAUUUGACAGAGUACGCAACAUGUACAGGAAGACUCAGAAUUCAGUAUUUGCGUCUAAAAACUACUUUUUUCAGGCCUUUUAUAUGUAGUCAGUGCUAGCAAACUCAGUGUUGAAUUAUUUGGGAUUUCUGUCUCUGUGUAAUCUUGGCAUCCAGUUUCUGGAAUUGUGUUCCCUUUUUAUAAAAAUUAUCCCUCAACUGAUUUCCGAAAGUAAUUAUAUCCAGAAAAUGGAAUAAGCAUGUAUUCCUAAGUGUUUCAGAACUGUCUUAUUUCACAAAUAACUUAAAAGCAAAUUUUCCGGAUAGUACUGGGUUUUGAAUCUCAAUAUUUUUGAUUAUUUGUACUCUUGUCAGAAAUAUUCACAUAAUGUGGUCACUGACCUUAAGUUAUUUAGGAAAACUUUAAUAUAAUUAUGGAUGGCAGAAAUUAGAUUUAACCUCAAAUUACCUUACCAUAUGAUGAUCUAAAACAGAGAAGCAAGGGAUGGGCUGUAGAGUUUUGGAUUCUAUCUUCAGGAAAAUCACUUCUGUGCUUUAUGUAGAAUUGUCUGAGGACAGUAGGAGACAGCAGAGUUUCAGCAGUUAUCCACUGUCCUUUGAGAACCGCCAGCAUUUGUUAGUAACCGCUGACUUAGCAUCUUGUUCCCAUGUGCACACCAGGUUGUCUGUGUGCAUCACAGCAGGUUGUCUGUGUGCAUCUUCCUAUGGAAGGCUAAGGCUGAGGGCAUUAAUGACUACUGUGUGGAGUACCUUUGUUACUCCAGAGGAAAUUUCUGUUACGAUAUAGGCUAGGAGUUCUCCAUGGAUUGUGGAAACCCCCAAAGUACAAUCUUGAAGUUUUACAAUAAUGCCAUAGCAGAAAGAUCCAGAGGGGUUGGGCGGAGAAAGUUCUUUGAGAAAACGCAAGGUAAAAGGUUUUGUUUGUUUUGUCUCGUUUUGUUUUGUAUGACCGUGUAUGUGCACAGAAGAACUGAAAUAAGGAUAGACACUAAAGCUGUGUCUUUGGAAGCUACAUAAAUAUUUCCAAGCUGGGAAGGCAAUUGGCAGCAGUUGUGUUAAAGAAUCAGUCAUGAAUGUUCGUGCUUCAUUCUCAGGAGUUGCUUUGAGAUGAGCUCACUUCAACCUAGACACUUUGUAUGGCUCUUGUCUCCUCAGAGAAUCAGAGUGGAGUAACACUGUCCCAAUCAGGUUGUGAGGAGAAAUCCCAAUGGUGUGUAAAUAAAGAAUGGGAAGUUAAGACUUUCCCUGUAUGUAAAAGUGAAAAAGAAAACUUGAGUUUUCCCAAAAGGUUGUUGGGAAUUGAUAGGAUCAAAACACAGCUGAUGUUUCUCCAUAAAACUCAAUGGGUUGAAUUCAAAGUUUACUUUGAAAAAACAAAGGGUUUACUUUGUUGAACUUUUAUUGUGAGUCUAUUUAAAAUUAUAAAUAUUUGAACGUCAAAAUUUCUUAGAAUAUAAAUGAAAUAAAGCAGUGAUUAGCAUGAGUUAGAUGACAGGCAUUUAAGUGGCUGUCUGGGCAUUUGUGGCCUUUAUAUACCUGGGGCAGGGGGAGGAAAAUGUGGUUCUGUUUUUGUUUUUUUGUUUUGUUUUUUUUUUUCCGUGACAGGGUUUCUCUGUGUAGCCCUGGCUGUCCUGAACUCACUUUGUAGACCAGGUUGGCCUCGAACUCAGAAAUCUGCCUGCCUCUGCCUCCCAAGUGCUGGGACUAAAGAUAUGUGCCACCACUGCCCGGCUGAAAAUGUGCAUUUUAUACUUAACGUUUUCACACAUCAGUUGAGCUCAUUUCUUGUAAAUAUCCCUUUACCUUAAUUUUGGCAUAUCUGGAUUUUCAUGUUGACUUAGUCCUUAAUAUAUUUGGCUAAACAGCCUAAAGAUCCAUUUGAAUAUCAAGAAGGUUGUGUUCAUAAAAAAGCAGAAACACUGACAACUUCUGUAAGUCUUAACUAUCAUAUUCACUUCAGGUGGGCGUACCUGUGGUCUCUGCACUUCACUGUGGCAGCGGCAGCUAGACUUUGUGCUUCACGGGUCCACAAGAUGGAAAGCUGGGUGAUUGUUACUUGUUUAACGUGUCAGAACCCAUAGAGGAAGGACAUUAAGUCAGCAGUUACAUCAGGGACUACACAGCUGUAAGAUUUGACCUGUCUUUCUCCUCUUGAGACACAGUGCACCAUGGCACAACCUCUCAGUUAGCUGUGAGAACUCUUUGCUCUGCACAAAAGCAGGAGAUGCAGUGCUAAUCUUGCACUGAGAAACAUCAGGACAAAAAACUUGGCAGUUCUCCCCUGCAGAUACUCUAAAGAGUAUUUGCAGAUAAUUAGUUGCCAUAGACAUUAACCUAUAUUUUACAACUUCGGCAUACCAAGAAAUGCUACUGAGUAAGACAUACUUGAUAGACAGAACUGGAAGCUAUUGUAAUUCUUACAGGCAGCUAUGCUAACUUUCCACAGCUAAAGGUCUUAAUGUGAGCACAGAUUUUCACAUUCACAGCUUCCAUCUGCACUGUUUACCAGAGUCACUAGAUGUCUUGGUUUACGGUGUUUCUUUUCAGUUUGGGGUAGAGGUUUUUGUUUUUCUCUAUGACAUUAUUUCCUGAUUAUAUGACUUUCCGUAUUCUGUCUUAAGCCCAGGUGGCCCACCUGUCAGUAUUUGUCUUUAGGAGAUCCUUCCCAGAGAGGACACAGUCAAGAUCAGAAAUACACGAGCAUCUCUCUCAUUUUUCAGAGAGAACUUUCAGCCAAUACUUAGAAAUGUGUUUCCAGGUGAGAAAGGCUUUUAAAACCUCAGAUCAUCCCCUGCCCAGGAUUUCUUCAUGGGAACAUGGUAGAGAAUAUGAGACAGAAAUAGACUGAGCAGCUACUGUGAAAAGCUUUGAGUUUCUCAAAAUGCCAAUCAGCAUUCUUAGAGAUUUUGAUCCUGAAGCAAUCUUCAGCUGCCUUUGGUUUUCUGUAUUUAUGACUAUUGGCAUAUGAUGUUCUUAUAGAAUCUGAACUCUUGCUGUUGACUGCCUUGUACGUAGCAUAGUUGAAGGUACAGAAUGUGCCAUACAUCCACUACUGCUCAGUUCAUCUUUGGACCACUCUUAGUUACAAAUGAUCAAUGACAUCUCACUAGCUACUGUGCUGAUUGGGGGAGGGGGGAUCUGAUCUCUAGGUAAUUGGCUUAAUAUCUCUGUAGCCAGAAUACCAUUUGCAAACUCUAACUCCAGGUCUAUCUAAUGGAUCCUAUGGGCCAGGGCUUCAGAUUUGAUUUUGCAGUAGAUAUAUUGUUUGUGAUGUUAGUGGGAGCAUGCAAACUAGAGAAAAAGAAAAUGUGGGAAUUCCUCAGUAUUAUGGGUUCUGGUUACAAAAGGUUUGUUGGAGACCGACAGUCAUUUUCUGAUUUUGUUAAGAUUGUUAAAUGUUUAUGGAGACCUUGCCAGCUAAAUCCGUGACAGUGUCCAUUUAAAUAGUACAAUCGAGAAUACCCUGAAAUAAAUGCAACCCAAAGUUGAAAUGCCAGGAUACCCCUUUUCUACCCAGGAGAUAUCUUAUAUUUGGAAAAUGUCUGCCUCUCUAAAUAAAUAUGUGAUUAAUAAGCCAUAUCACAGUUUAAGAAAUUGUAUAUACUUUCCUGUAUGCCCCUCCAAAAUCCAAGUAUUUUGCAUAUGAUUGAUUUUAGAAAGAUUUUGAAGCUGGGCUUUAUCUGUGUAAUGAAGACCAGAUUCUUUGUAUAUGUACUGUAUUUGUAAUUUUCAAAUGAAAUUUCCUAUACAAUUAUUAAAUAAAGUGUUGUUUUGCCUUGUGGUUUAUUAAAAUUUAAAAUGUACAG